UCUCUCUCUCUAAACUUUGAGACGUGGAUCCCCAUUUUAAAAACCACUCUAAACCCCCAUCCCUCACUCUCUCCCAUCUCAAAAAACUCUUUUUCUCUCUUUAAACACACACUCUCUACCCAAAAAAGCCGGAAAUAAAACCCCUUAUUUAGAGCAACGCAAGAAGGUGGGUUCGAAUUUAAAAGCAACUGUUCUGUGUAUAAAACACCAAAGGUUUUGACCGUUUUCAGCUCACCCUUGUUUGGACGGGACCAACAUCGGGUUAUAACGCUUGACCACCUUCACUAUUUUUCCUUUUUUCUCCCUUGUAUGGACAGGACCAACAUCGGGUUAUAACCCUUGACCGCCUUCACCAUUUUUCCUUUUUUCUCUCUCUCUAACCUCGAAAUUCUCUCUCUCUAAACUCUCUCACUCUCUAAGCUCGACCAAAUGGAACGAGUCCAUUGCCCUCAGACCUCACAUGAAAAAUAUCCAAUAUUGCCACCGGAUGCCCUGGCUGCCACGUCAGAAAUGAUUGCCACGUGUUAUCCGAGCUCCUCUUCCUCGAUCUCACACGUCAGACUUAAUGCCUUACAUGUGUCCAACCACUGCAACUAUUUACCCGAAAACGAAACAUUAUUUGCGAAACGUACCGUCUCUUCGGACGACGGCUACCGGAAUUCGCCCUUUUCAAAAGACGCCUCUGCUGCCACGUCUGACGGUUUCUCCACGUGUUCACCGUCAUCAUCGUCCUCUCCCUUGGACGUGUGGUCCGAACCGCGCCACGUGCCGAAGAGAAAGGCGGGACGCAAGAAGUUCAAGGAGACACGUCACCCCGUUUUCCGGGGCGUACGUCACAGGAACGGAGGAAAAUGGGUUUGCGAAAUUAGGGAGCCCCAAAAAAAGUCACGAAUAUGGCUGGGAACGUACACGUGUCCUGAGAUGGCGGCAAGGGCGCAUGACGUGGCGGUCAUCGCCCUAAGAGGGAAGGGCGCGACCCUCAACUUUGCUGACUCAGCAUGGAGGCUACCGGCUGCCCGUACGACGUCACCGGAAGACAUUAGGGAGGCCGCACAAACUGCCAUUGAACACCUGACAGUGGCCGUAGCGGCUGCCACACCGGGGACGCAGAGCCGGAAACCGGCGCGUCCAAGCCGUGAAUUGACGUCGUCGGUGGAGCCGUUAUUUAUAGACGUGGAGGCGUUAUUUGACAUGCCGGGUUUGAUAACGGAUCUAGCGGAGGGGUUGUUAAUAACACCGCCUUCUUUUAAGGUGGUGUCCAGCUGGGAUGACGUGGACUGCCACGUUGACUUGGAUCUUUGGAACCAGUAAUUAUGGUUUCAACACGGUUUGACGUAGACCUUAUAAAUUUAUUUAUAAGGUGGAUUUUUGGGCCUACUUUUAAACGACAUAAUCUUAAAAUAUAGAGACCAUGAAUAUAAUAUAUAUAUAUAUAUAUUAAAAAUUAAAAAUUAGAAAUAAUAAUUUUAUUUAAAAAAAUUUAGACGGCUAGUUUCAAGUAUUUUUAAGUAGACGGUCCAUUUGCUUUCAUCUUUAAAAUGAAAGCUUUAUACCUCAUGGGACACAAAUGUAGAAAUGCGUCCUCCACUCACUUAAAAAAGCUGCUUUCAUCUUUAAAAUGAAAGCUUUAUACCUCAUGGGACACAAAUGUAGAAAUGCGUCCUCCACUCACUUA